AUGACCGGGGGAAAUGCUACGACUGCCUCUACGACGUCAACAUCACAGACCGACACAAGUACAAAUCCAAGCACGAUCACAACUGUGACAGCAGAAACGUCACCAUCAGCAUCGAUAACAUCGAUCACAACCUCGUCGAGUACAGUAAGUGAAGCAUCGACAUCAACACUAUCGUUUUCGCCCACCACACAAUCGACAGGCCAAGCUUCCAGCAGCACAGUGGGCGGUAGCACAGCAACACCAGCUGUAACUAGCAGUACAAGUGUACCUGAAACUUCACAGUCAACAUAUAACGUAACUGACUCGUCAACUCUUUCAAAUGCAAUGCCUACAGGCUCAACAGGUCCUGUCACGUCAUCAGAAUCGGCAACAACAACCGGAAGAUCAACUGCCAAUCUUACAUCGACGGAACCGAAAACAACUUCAUCAGAGAUAGGUAUAACAACUUCUGGAUUAACACAUUCCAUAUCUACCCCUACUGUAACAUAUACAACAAACGAAGGCACCACUUCAUGGCAUGGCAUAAACUCAGAAACAUCGACUACUAGUAACACAACGCCGACCACAGAAAGAACAGUUGAAACCAAUACUGGCACUGUGUCCAAUUCCGUGUCAAGCACGACUGUAACAGAAAAAACAUCACCAUCAGCAUCAAUGACACCAACCGAAAUCUCGUCCAGUACAGCAAGUGAAGCAUCGACGUCAACACUUUCGUCUUCGCCCACCACCGAAUCGACAGACCAAGCGUCAAGCAGUACCAUGAGCGAGGGCACAACUGCCUCUACUGCAACAAAAAGCACAAGUGAACAGCUAACCACACAGUCAACAGCUCAAGCAAUUGAUUCGUCGACGUUUACUAGUCAACCGACUACAA